GAUCGUGCUUGGCGAGAAGACAUGGCAGACGCUGCUACUGCAGAUGAGACCAGUGCUAUCAGUAGUCGAGAUAGCGAGGAUGCCUUGUCACCGUCGGGCUAUCGAGUGCGUGCUGGAAAGAAUAGUGACAAGAAUGCUGCAGGUUAUUGACACGGAUGACAUUUGUGCGGGCAGAUGAGCACCCAAGCGAUCAAGUCGGUGGACGAGUUGCUGGCGAAAGACGCAGAAGACGAAAGUCUACGGAAAUACAAGGAGCAACUAUUGGGCUCCGCUGCUCAUGGAGAUCGAGGAGGUCCGAUCAAUACUUGUCAACACCUUGACCUCUGACAUUGCUACAUCUCAUCUUCGUGUUUUGUUGUUGCAAGACGCUAAUGACACUCGCCGCGUGGUGGUGGAAGAGUUUAAGGUCGAGUUCGAGGACGGACGAGAGAAUAUUGUGUACAAUCUGGACACUUUAGAGGGAGUGGAGCACAUGCGCACGACGCCUUUUGUCAUGGCCGAAGGCUCUCGUUAUCGAUUCGUCAUCUCUUUUCGCAUCAACCAGGCGAUUGUAAGCGGAUUGCGUUUCCGCAAUAAAGUCAAAAAGACUGUGCUGUCCACGAACGAUGAGAUCGUCUUGGGUUCGUACGCCCCGCGCUCCGAAAACUAUGUGUUCGUCUUCCCUCGUCACGAAUGGAUGGAAGCUCCGUCGGGACUUUUCUAUCGCGGCAAAUACAUGGGCAGAUUCAUCUUCGUCGACGACGAUCAUGUUGAGCAUCUCAAGCUAUUCUACACUUUCGAAAUUAAGCGAGGAUAACUGCAUUAAAUGCAGUUAUAACCUGUUAUACGGUAUCCCUUUCGUUCCAAUGCAAAAGAGGUAUUACUGAAUCUUCUGUUCCUCCAUAAAGCGCUUCUGUUGAUCGAUCAUGUAAUCGAUUUCCAUAAUAUCGUCAGCUUCCGUUGGGUUAUUCGUUGGUGUACGAAGGUUAUGCAUAGUGGUGCUGCCCAUGUGCAGUGGGAU